GUAAAUCACUUUUGUCAAUAGUGAAGGGAAAAAUACAUAACAUGGCUUCAAUUCAAAGUCUUUUCUUUGGUAUUCGUGAAUAUCUUAGUCCUGUACUCAAAAACUCAAAGUUCAAAGAAACUGGCUGCAUUACACCGGAAGAAUUUGAAGCAGCUGGUGACUUUUUGGUAUAUAAAUGUCCAACAUGGAAGUGGGAAAGUGGCGAAGUAAGUAAAAGAAGGGAUUAUUUACCCGCUGAAAAGCAAUUCCUUAUCACAAGAAAUGUACCAUGUUUUAGACGCGUUAAGCAAAUGGAAUAUACUGAAGAGGACUCAGAAACUCAAGUUGAGACCGAAGAUGGUGAGGAAGCAUGGGUUGCAACUCAUAGUGGUCGUGUUGCUGCAAACAUUGAGGAAAUUGUGCAGCAAAUUGAAGGUGAAGAUGACGAAAUCACCAAAAGGAUGAGUAGCAUUUUAAUUGAACCGGAAACUGAAAAAGAGGAAGUUGAUAUUCCUGAUUAUGAUGAUAUUCCGGAUAUUGAAGAUGUUGUUGAAGAUGAUGAUCCUGCGGCAUUGAAUACAACGAGUAAUGUGGUUGCUACGCACGACGAUGGUCUCAGUGACAAGAUUCUUCAAGUACGAACAUACGAUGUAUUUAUUACCUAUGAUAAAUAUUAUCAAACUCCGCGUAUGUGGUUAUUUGGUUAUGAUGAGCACCGAAGUCCUUUGACAUCAACUCAAAUAUUUGAAGAUAUUUCUCAAGAUUAUGCUAAAAAAACAGUUACUAUUGAGGCGCAUCCACAUUUGAAUAUGUCAUUGGCUAGUAUUCAUCCUUGUCGCCAUGCUCAAGUUAUGAAAAAGAUUAUUGAAAAGAUGAAUGAAGAAGCUCUUAAAAAAUUUGAAUUAUUAAAACAACAAUACGGAAAUUCUCCAAAUGCUCCACAAGCUGAACAAGCACAAGUUAGGGUUGAUCAAUAUCUUAUUAUUUUCUUGAAAUUUAUGUCUUCAGUGGUCCCAACAAUUGAUUAUGAUCACACAAUUAGUGCAUAGAUAGUGCAUAGAUAAUGCAUAGACAAUGCAUAGACAUGUAUUUUACUCUAUUUAAUUAAGUAGUUUUUGUAUAAUAUGACUACAAUAUUUUAUGCGAAGGGAAUAUUUUAAGAUCAUUAUAUAUAAUUGAUUUUAUUUUUUAUAAUGUGUAUUUUAAGAAUUUUUUUUUUAUUUAACAAUAUUGUUAAAUUAAAAAAAAAGUAAGUUUGAAAAAAUUUGUUUGUUUACUUUAUUAUUUGGUGUAAUUAAUUAAUAAGUUUAUUAUUAAA